AAACUCAACUCACGUCGCCCUUGAACGCAGCCACUGCACUGUCAGAUGAAACGAAGUAGAAACCUCUCGUUUUGAAUAGAAUAUCUCUUGCCGCUUCAAAUGACAAUUGUAAACAAAUGACCAACAAUUAGACUUUCUCACCCAAAAAUGGAAGAUAACAACGACGAGAGUAGUUUGAUUGUGAUAAUAUUGGAUUCGAAUCCAUCGCAGCGAAUCAUCCGGCGAAAUCCGCAACAUUUAACACAAUGUUUAGAUUCGAUGUGUGUUUUUGCCAAUGCACAUUUGAUGCAGCGCGCACAGAAUAGUAUUGCAGCCGUGGCCUGUCAUCAUCAUGCAAUUGAAUUUCUGUACCCAUCACCGAACAGUCAAACCAAGGAUAUUCGCCAGAUUGACGGUCAAUACGAAAAGUUCACACAGGUCGAGAAGACAAUCAAACUGAAUUUGGCGCGUCUGGUGAAUUCAGCUCCACAAAUCGGACAGCAAGCUGAAUCGAUGCUCGCCGGUAGCAUAGCCAUGGCUUUGUGCUACAUCGCCCGACUGCAACGUGAAAAACCGCAAGGCAGCAAAUUGAAUGCACGUAUCCUGAUGUUGACGGGCAGUUUGGAAUGUGCAUCACAGUAUAUGACCUACAUGAACGUUUUUUUCACGGCUCAAAAGCAAAAUGUCGUUCUUGAUGUUUGCGCACUCGACGAGUCAAUGACACUAUUGCAACAAGGAUGUGAUAUCACUGGCGGCCAAUAUCUGAAGUUACCACAAACAGAAGGCUUACUACAGUAUUUACUGUGGGUUUUUCUACCAGAUCCAAACACUAGAAACAAAUUCACUACACCACCAGCCACAAAAGUUGAUUAUCGUGCCGCAUGCUUUUGUCAUCGUGAGCUCAUCGAUAUCGGAUACGUUUGUUCCGUUUGUUUAUCAAUUUUCUGCAAAUUCAGCCCGAUUUGCACCACAUGCCACACGGUGUUCAAAACGCCGGCCCCAAUCACAUCGAAGGCGAAAAAGAAGAAAACAAAAGCAUAAUAUGGUUUCGAUCACCAGAGUUGACUCAACAACGAAAAUACAAGCAUAAGCUUACUGUUAAUGUAAAAAUAUAUCCCUACCAUUCUCUUAAUAAAACGAAAUCGAUCUUAAAUGAAAUGAUUUUUUACGGCAGAAGAAAAAAACUAUUAUAUAUAUACAAAAUAUUGCAAGAAAAAGGAGCCAAAAAAAUGUUACUUUACUGUCACCGCUUUAAUUUUUAUUUUUGGAGUUGCCGUAACAUCGGUGAAUGUAAAAGAAUUGAAUAUAAAUUAAUUGAAUCAGUA